AUGGGUGACAGUGGCGAGGCGCAAAUGACGUCAGCGAUAGAGUCUUCACACCGCCCAGUCAUAGUCGUGGGUGCUGGGCCAGUGGGAUUGACUGUUGCGAUCAAUCUCGCGAAAUUAGGCGUGAGAGUAUUGAUACUCGAAAGGUCACAUGAAAUCGAUCAAUCACCACGCGCAGCAAGCUAUCAACCAUGCGCACAGGCCGAGUUACUGGAGACCGGGACACUAGACGAUGUGAAGAAGGAAUCGAUCAUCAACGAUGUACUGAGUUUCUGGGUGGAUGGCAAGAGAAUUGCAUAUGUUGAGAAACGGGAAGGAGGAAGCAUCUUUCCUGCGGGUAUUGACUGCCCGCAGCCACAACUUGCAGCUAUCCUACUCAAACAUCUCACCACAAAGUAUGAUAGCGAAGCCCGUUUCAACCAGAAAGUGAUUGCCAUCGAGCAGGCUGCUGACAGUGACCAUGUUAUACUGACUGCAGUGGACCCAAGGACUGACAAGGAGACGACAUAUACCUGUGACUGGCUUGUGGGAGCUGAUGGAGCUGGGUCAAGUGUCAGGAAGCUAUGCGACAUUCCAUUUGAGGGUUUUUCAUGGCCGAAGGAGGAUUUUGUUGCCACAAACGUAAGGUAUGACUUUUUCCAACACGGUUUCACUACAGCGAACUUUAUUGUCGAUCCCGUCCACUGGGCUGUUGUGACAAUACUCGACAAAACGGGUUUAUGGCGCUGUGCAUUCGGUGUCCGAGCCGGCUUAACGAAUGAAGAAAUCCGCGAAGAGCUAGACGAACAUUACAAGAAUAUUUUCCCGGUGUGGCCCAUCGACUAUGAGUUGGUCCAAUUGAACAAAUACAAACCUCAUCAGCGAUGUGCGAAAACAUUUCGACUGGGAAGAGUACUUUUGGCAGGAGAUGCUGCACAUAGCAACAACCCAAUUGGAGGUCUCGGUCUAACGACGGGGUUACUAGAUGCUGGUCCCCUUGGUCGAGCACUAGGAGCAGUCAUUAGAGGCAAGGCGCCAGAGACACUUCUCGACACCUGGGCCAAGGCACGUCGUGAAAAAUGGCUGACUUUCACAAAUGGGUUCUCUAUAGAAAACAAGCGAUUGAUUCAACGUGGAGGGUACAGCGAUGACGAAGACCCACAAAAGAUCUGGGUUAUUGACGGUGUCGCGAAGGAGAAUAACAUGGAACACUGGCUGGCCAUGGCAACCGAGGAGAAAAGGGAGGCAGACGUUCAGUUUUAUAAGAGCUUGGUAGAUCCCCAAUCGCAGCUGAUGAGUCGUAUGAAGCAAUGGGACAUCACAAUGGAUCCAAUGUGGAUGGCCGAAUAUGAAGAUCCGGAACUGAUCAAAUUCAGGAUGUCACUCAGACCGCCGAUUUUGGCGGCCCCAAUUAUGUGA